AUGGUGAAGGAACUAUACGUCAGUUGGUCAAUUGUCGUUCGAGAACAUCGACACAGUGUGCAAUCUCAGAGCGAUCCUCCACCGCAGAUGGAUGUCGCUUUAACCCUCAGAAGUUGUGGUUGCGGAUAUAUGAUUGUUCUUGCCAUGUACCUGAACACUCUUCUGAUGAUCUCAGUCAAUCUAAAGUUAGGAAUAUUUGUAAGACAUGAGGAGGACCUUCAGCCUUUGAUUGAGAGCGAAAAGGAAAAGAAAGAAGAGCUUGCCCUGGAGAAGAAGGAAGAGGAAAUGCCGUUCCUUAAGUAUGCAGAAGCACCCACACAAGAAGAGCUGAAGAUUGAGGUUUGA